AGAAAUGUCGAUUUGCAAGGAUGACCAUAGCAGUAUUUACUCGAGGCGAUAAAAUAUGUAGAAAAAAAUUUGAUUACUUACUUAAAUUAAUCAGAAACAAAUGCAGUCAGUGCCGAUCAGAAUCCAGGCCGGCGCCCACCCGCGUGCGUUGCUACUAAAAGUAAGUAAGCCGUCCGUGCAAUGUGCAUGGAUGAUGGAAGCCACUGAUCACUUGAUCAGUGAUCACCAUCUACUGUACAUUUUACAAAACAUGCCUCCCGCAACACGACGAUCCCGUUACAUUAGCCCUGUCCCUGUUCACACUCCCGAAGUCUCCCUUCGUGCUAGUGUCGAUCAGGCCUCCAUACACGCGGACUAUCCGGUUAACAGUGAAGAAUCCACAUCGGACUCCGAAUAUGCCUCCUUUCAUGACCGAGAAGUUAUCUCCCAUCCGGGCGAGAACGGCAUAGAUGGCUACGUCAAAAGUGAAGACUCCACGCUGGAUGACGAAGCCAACGAUCUGUCCCUUUUGGACGAGAAUGAAUCCCCAUCCAAUGAAAGAAGCGAUUUCUACACCAUCAGGCAAUCUGGUCCUCCUGUUCUGGCCAAUCCCUUAGUUCCUGUGGUCACAGAAGGAGCCCAGCUAAAAAAUGAACCCCGCAAAGACGGCAAACUGCAGACCAGUUCCCGUGCAUCCACGCCGGACUCCGACUCGGGCUUCUUGAAAGACAAGAAGUACGCCGCCCAUAUCUCGCGGAAGGCGUCCGCCGCAGUCGCUGCUGCCAUCUUCCCCAACCGCUAUCCAUCCUUGCCGGCGCCCAGCACACCGAAAACGGAGCCCAUUGUGGAGGACAUAAUUACUCCAAUUCCGCCUGGUCAUGGAAAAGGUAUGGGAAAGGGUUCUGGCGCACUGGUGCCGCCGCGCUCAUCGGGCAGUCUGGCGGCACACGGAGCUGACGAUCUUGUCAGUCGGAUCAAGAACAUUCAGGAGGUUGAGUUUGGAAAAUACCGCAUAAUUCCGUGGUACUUCUCUCCGUAUCCCCAGGAACUGACGAAAGUGUCACGCUUAUUAAUCUGCGAGUUUUGCUUGAAAUUCUACGGAAGUCAGGGCGCUUUCGCCCGACAUCGCAGUAAAUGUGGAUUGUUCCAUCCACCAGGCAAUGAAAUAUACCGCAAGGAGGAUAUCUCCGUGUACGAAAUAGAUGGCCGGAAACAACGGGAUUAUGCACAGAAUUUGUGCUUGUUUGCCAAAUUGUUCUUGGAUCAUAAGACAUUGUAUUAUGACACCGACCCGUCUUUUUACGUAAUGACGGUGGCCGAUGAUCGGGGCGAUCAUAUGGUGGGAUAUUUUUCCAAGGAAAAAGAAUCUCAGGAGGACUACAAUGUUGCGUGCAUUCUCACACUGCCACAGUAUCAACGUAAGGGCUACGGACAGCUCUUAAUCGAAUUUAGUUAUGAAUUAACCAAGCGUGAAGGAAAGUUUGGGACCCCGGAAAAGCCAUUGUCGGAUCUGGGCUAUUUGACUUACAUGAAGUACUGGUCAGCAACACUAUUGCGAAUUUUAUGCGAAGAAAAAACCAAGUCCAGUGGCGCAGCAUGUCAGUAUAGCGUCAAUGAUUUGUGUGAAGUAACGGGAAUUAAGAAGGAUGAUGUUGCUUCGGCACUCUACAAUCUGGGAUUGUUAAGUUACUUUAAAGGUUCCCACAUUGUGGUACUUCAAGACAGGCACCACAAGAUGCACGAAGAAUUCCAGGCUAAAAGACGAUUAAUUAUUGAUCCACAAGCAUUAAAAUGGAACCCAAAAGACUGGUCCAGAAGGAGAUGGUAA